AUGAGUCAUCUUCCAGGAGUAUUGUUCUUCUGGAAAGAUCCGGAAAGACCAAUUGAUAUGAUACUUCUCCAGUCAGAUCAGUCCAAGAGUUUUGAUGUCGUCGAACAAUCUGAAAUCGAAAGACGAAUGGCAUACCUAGUAAGCCAUCCUGAUGACAGGGACGUAAGACAUAUACCUGCAACAAUGAAUGAGGCACGUAUGGGGUUCAUACCUCAAGGAACAAACAAGACCCCAAGUGCCACUGCAAGAAUCAAUGCAUUAAUUAACUACCUCUGGAAAAAACAAAAAGGGACAGAUGUAAAUAUAUCAGCACUAGAGCAAAAGCUUAUUCGCUUGCAGUUUCAUAUGUAUACCAGGCAAUGUUGGUGUAUAAUGAAAGAUGAUGGUGUUGUGAAAGUAAACUGGGGAAAGUUGAAUUCUCAGAAAAAGUUGUACUACUCUUUGCGACUUGAGGAGUUAAUUUUCAAUAACUACAACUUCCCACUUUACGAAUGUUGA